AAAAACGAAGUCACCGUGCAUCGCGUAGUAGUAAAUGAAAGAAGCAAAGAUAUUGUUGGUCUUUUCUUUCAAAUGCCGCGAGGUUGUGAAGUGUAGUUCUCUCGAUUUGCUCGCAGCAGCAACCCAAAUAGCAGCCGGGAGAAUAUUGUUCGUCCGUCAGUGACUGGCAGCGCGGCCAUGUUUGAGUACGGUUUGUUAAAUUGCGGUGAAAAAGUGUACGGUUUGUUCCGCUAGUUUUCGCUGCGUUCGCUGCUCAGUGACAUUUUUGACAUUUAAAGGACCAUAAACGUCGCGGGUAACCAACAAACAAAAAGGUGCAUUUGACGGCCGUCAAAGAAUUCUGUAUUUACUGCGGCCCACAAAGCAGCAGUCUUCAUCCGAGCCGGGGAACUGCAGCUUUUUCGCUUCCAAUAACAUCGAACGAAACCCUGCGCAACUGUACUAGGACGGAGUGGAGGAUUAUCUAAAUCGCCAGUGCGAUUACGGCGCAGGAGGCGAACUAUGAAGAAAAUAGUGCAACCAGUGCGAAAGGUUUUUGGAACACCCACAACAACGAUUCAUCCGCAGCAGCAGCAACAACAACAGCACCAGCAACAAAGCACAAUGCAGAUGAACGCAGUACGAAAGAUCAACAGCCUCCUGCAAAGCGGCGCUGUCAGUGUAACCGGUAUAUCCGGUAGCCAAGCACGAAUGAUGCCGAAAAAACCGCUGAAUAGUCAGCAGACUAGCGUCUCGAUAACCACCACCAAUAGUUAUGUUUCUAAGCAGCAGAAAUGUUAUGUCUGUGGCGACAACGCCGGCAUCAAUGCGACCCUUUUGACAGAGGCGUCCACAGCAACUUCACAAACCGAGUUCACUUCGAAAAUAGCAAAAAUAGUUGGCGAAGGAUACAUGGUCAUCAUUGGGACAGAUGAUGUCGUAUGCAGGCGCUGCAUAACGCUAUUUAACCAAAUGGAUAAACUAGAAACCGAUCUAGAACACGUGCGUAACACGCUAACAAAUUAUAUUCAUAAAAAAUAUAAUAUAUUAGACGAUGACCCGGGAAUCGCUCCACCACCGGCGAAAAUACAACGGCUGGGAGGUAGUACUGUGGUUGGAACGGCUGCAACGACAUACAGUAUAAAGACCGUGAACGACUCAGGCCAAGAAAUAACAGACGUGUCCAGAAAAACCAAUACUUCCGGUACACUAUCGGAUCUGACAAACAGCGGCAUGGAUAUCGAAAGUCAAUUGUCAAACAUGUUCGAUAAACCGCAGCAAAUUGUCACGCAGCAGAUACAGCCACAACAGCAGCAACAAAUACAGACGACUAACAACGGAGCCAAUAUUAAUAGUAGCACCGUACAGCAGCAGCACACACCUACAGCAACAAUUCGCCGAAAUCCGAUAAAAAUGUACAAGUGCAUGUCCUGCGAUUUCAAGACACAAGAUCUUACUCAAUUCCAACCUCACUACGAACAGUGCAAAGCAAACCAGCCUCCUGCAGCGUCAACUGCCACCGCCACAACGACCACAUCGUCUGCCUACCGCUGCAAGUUGUGCAAAAAGAUCUUCGCUUCUGUAGCGCUGCUAAAGCAACACAAUGCCCAAGAACAUCAGAAUUCUGUACAGCCGCAGCAAGCGCAGUCUAACGAAAUCAAAAUCGUAGAACAACAGAACCCAGCGACGACGGUAACACAGCUGUAUGCCUGUAACAUGUGCACUUAUAAAACUCCAGACAAGCAGAAUCACGACGACCAUCUUCGGAAACACAUCAAACUGAAACCAUUCAAAUGUCGAGUCUGUCUGAUGCGAUUUGAAACGCGCGAGCAGGCUUCGAUUCACGCUAAGAAUCAUCAACCUGACUACUUCAAGUGCGGCAUAUGUAAUGUUACGUUUAACAAACGUGAACUGUUAAUGAAACAUUUAGAGACCCACGAGAACGUUAAGAAGCAUGUCCCAAUACAGAAACACACUACGAUCACGACAGUUUCGCCAUCGGUUCAGGUUCAACAGCAGCAGCAACAGCAAAUCAUCCACCAACAGUCGCAGCAGCAUCAACCGCCACAAAUACACAUCAAGAGCGACAUGCCAGUAACAGUAAAUCAGGUGGCAGAUUCUUCGACCCAAAAGCUGCUCCAGGCAACAAUCGACGAAGCACUGCGGGAUACGAUCGGAGAAACCAUCGAUGCCAAAUCGAUUCAGUUCCACUCAUGCAAUACGUGCUCCCUGACAUUCCUAAACGAAAAACUCUACACUCAACAUAUGAAAAUGCACUCCGGCAACGCUGGUGUUCAAACGCCGCUUACGGCCACCGGUAAUCAAAGUAUCGGCGGCACGACAAUUACCACUAGCAAAAAACUGAUCUCCGCGAAUGCAUCCUCGUUGAACAAUGGAGGCCAACAGGAUCUUCACGGUAAGCUGCUGGCACCGGGCAGCGGUGGUUCCGGAACAGCACUCACCACCAGCCAUAGCAUCUCGGACGGGGACCUGGAGAGUAUAUUCGAGAAAAUACACUCCGACAAAAGCGAUAUCAAUGCGAGCGACAAUUUGGUCAUUACCAGCCAGGACAACGCCAGCGGUAACAUCACCUACAGCAUUACGCUCGCUCAACAGAAUCAGCAAGGUCAAACAUUUGUACAGCAACAGCAGCAGCAGCAUCAGCAACCUGCAGAAUCGGCGGACAGCAAAAUGAUCACACAAAAUCAGGCUAAACAAAAGGCCGGAGUCAGUAUCGACAUGCCAACGCUUGACCAAGGCGAUGAGCAGCAACAGCAGCAGGGACAAAUCCCGCCCAAACAAGAGACUAUUAACAUGCCCGUUAGCAUGCCAAGCCUGGAUGACGAUGGCGAACAGUCGCAGAAUAGUCAAAACUCGAACGCGGAAGGAGGAGUUCACAUGGAAUUGGAAGGCAUGCAGGAUGCCGAUGGUCAACCGAUAAAGUUUAUUUUGAACGAAAAUGGUCAGAUAUUGCAGCUGGAUAAUCAUAUCCUGACUACCGAUGCCGAGGGAAACCAAAUCCUGGUGCAAGGCACAGAUAGCGAACAGAUUCAACAACUAUUGCAAAGCGUUGGAGUCGUAAUGCAAAGUGGUGAGGGAUUGGGCGAAGGUGAAACGUUACAAAUGAUAAGUGGUGAUGGUCAAACGGGGCAAAUGAUUUUAGUACAAGGCGCUGAUGGGCAGGAACAGUUGAUUGAUGCUUCGCUGCUGAACGCUGAUGGAAACAUUGUGAUCCAGCAAUCUCAAGAAGGGGAAUUAAAUGCUGAAGGAACGCAUAUAACGACUGAAGAUGGUCUGCAGAUUCCAGUGUCAGUGGCGUUUACUACCUCCGGCGAAGUAGAUCAGGAGGGUAACCUAACGGUGUCUAUGGCUGGCAAUGAAGGUGGGGAACAGCAGAUUCAAUUGCAUUUGCAACAAGCUGGUGACGAACAGCAAGAAGGUGAAGGUCAACAGGCUAUCCUUACUGAGAGUGGACAAAUAAUACUGCACACACAAGAACAGGUGGAGGAGCAGCAAAAACAGGAUAACUCGAAUGAGCGAGUUCAGAGCGCGACAAGCAGUGGCUCCAAUACCGGAACAGGAUCUGGUACUGGUGGAAACAGUGCAACGGCAGGCAAUGUACCGAGCACAACAACAACAAGUACAUCCGGUGCCGAUGAGCAGGGACUGUUUAACUUUGAUGAGCUAAUUCAACCCCAAGUCGUUAUAAAACAACAGGUAAGGCGAGAUUGAUCCUAAAACCAAACUUCGACCAACGCAACCACACUCUAUGUUUGUUUGGUUUUGUUUUGUAAAAAAAGUUUAAAACCAGCUUUAGAUAUGUACACACUGAGCAUCUUCAGUUUUUCCGCUCUCCCUUUUAUUCUUUUGAUUACUAAUUUAAACCUUGUAGUAGAGACCCGUAGUUGAUUACGUGUAAACCUACAUUCUAUCAAUAAUAAACAUUUGCACUAUAAUGAAUAAAAACAAACCCAGUUUCGAAAUUAUUUUCAUGAGCACAUCAACACCUCUGCAUAAGGCACUAUAACUGCACAUCGAUCGUGAAGAAAUCUUGUUAGUUACAGUUUAACAAGCAAUCCGUUUAUGUUUUGCGUGAACUACAAAAACACUAAACAGAAAAGGAUGCAAAACAAAAAAUUACAUCAAUAAUGUUUAAUUAUAAGACGCAACUAGUUUUUCUUUAGAAAUUAAUGCCACAGCAAACCUAUAGGCGAGUCCUUAUAAAU